UUCAUUUUCUUAAGUAUUUAUACACUGUGGGUCCCCGCAAUUAAAUUAGUUUUCGGCUACAUAAACAGCCAGUAAUCUUUAUAUUUUUCUCAAAUAUAUAUGACCGUCAUCAUGAUCGUUGUGGUUUGAAACUGUAUAUAAUAGGAACAAGAGUUUAUUUCAGUUACUUGGGGGAACAUUAAGCUUGGUUCAUCAAAAGGCCUCAUCACUUGAAGGGUUACUAUAUACUACUUCUGUGACUGAAAAGUGAGCUGAGGUGUAUAACUGCAAAUGGGUGUUUGGUGGUGGAAGCUGUUUGUUGCUGCUCUUGCUGGGAUUCUCUUCUCAACCCAACAUUGUGCUUCCCAAAAAGUUCCAAACUACACAUUUAUGCACAAUGCAACGACAGCACCAGACGUAUCAUACUACGACUACAUCGUAAUUGGCGGCGGCACCGCAGGGUGUCCUUUAGCUGCGACACUGUCCCAAAAUUACAGCGUGUUGCUCCUUGAACGCGGUGGUUCACCCUACGGCAACCCUAACAUCUCCGACUUAGCUGCUUUCGGUGCUGCCCUCUCAGACACCUCCCCUACCUCUCCCGCUCAGCGUUUCAUCUCCGAAGACGGUGUCAUCAACUCAAGAGCUCGCGUCCUCGGUGGUGGAAGUUGCUUGAACGCUGGCUUUUACACUCGCGCUAGCCCUCAAUAUGUAAGGGAAGCGGGGUGGGAUGGAAGGGUAGUGAAUGAGUCGUACGAAUGGGUGGAGAAGAUAGUGGCAUUUGAGCCACAAUUGAAGCAGUGGCAGUCAUCUGUGCGGGAUGGACUAAUAGAGAUAGGUGUGGUGCCUAAUAAUGGCUUCACUUAUGACCAUAUUGAUGGGACUAAAGUAGGGGGCACCAUCUUUGACCAGAAUGGCUUCAGGCACACUGCUGCUGAUCUUCUGCAAUAUGCCAAACCCACUGGAAUUACCCUGCUUUUGGAUGCCACUGUGCAUAGGAUCUUGUUUAGAGUCAAAGAUAGAUCAAAACCAAUGGCCCAUGGAGUGGUGUUUAGAGAUUCAUUGGGUCGUAGGCACAAGGCGUACCUGAAGCCCGAUCCAAGGAACGAGAUAAUCGUUUCGGCCGGUGCACUUGGAAGCCCACAACUUCUAAUGUUGAGUGGAAUUGGGCCGGAAGAGCACCUUAAAGCCCACAACAUCAGAAUAACAUUGGAUCAGCCAUUAGUAGGACAAGGAAUGUCAGAUAACCCCAUGAACGCCAUCUUUGUCCCAUCUCCUGUCCCCGUAGAGAUCUCUCUGAUUGAGGUGGUGGGCAUCACCACUUUUGGCACCUACAUUGAAGCUGCCAGUGGUGAAAACUUUGCCGGUGGUUCCCCAAAAGACUACGGAAUGUUCUCCCCCAAGAUUGGGCAACUCUCAACGGUGCCUCCGAAGCAAAGAACUCCGGAGGCCCUAGCCAAGGCAAUAGAAGUGAUGGAAACUCUGGACCAAGCAGCAUUCAGAGGUGGAUUCAUCCUGGAAAAAAUCAUGGGUCCAAUAUCAAGCGGGCAUUUGGAGCUCCGAAGCCGUGAUCCGAACGACAACCCCUCAGUGACCUUCAACUACUUCCAGGACCCGCGAGACUUGCAGAGAUGCGUGCAGGGCCUGAGCACCGUGGAGAAGAUAAUCGAGUCCAAGGCAUUCUCUCCCUUCAGAUACCCCAACAUGCCUGUUCCUGUGCUGCUCAACAUGACCGCAAGUGCCCCCGUUAACUUGUUGCCCAAGCACACCAAUUCUUCACUAUCUUUGGAACAGUACUGCAAAGACACUGUCAUGACCAUUUGGCACUACCAUGGAGGCUGCCAAGUUGCUAAGGUUGUUGAUAGGGACUACAAGGUUCUUGGUGUGGACGCUCUGCGUGUUAUUGAUGGCUCCACCUUUAACUACUCCCCUGGAACUAAUCCUCAGGCCACUGUCAUGAUGCUUGGCAGGUAUAUGGGAGUGAAAAUAUUGAGCGAGAGACUAGGUGGUGCGGCUGCUGCUGAUGAAACAGAGCAAUAAGUUGUAUAGUUUUUCUCCGUGUGAAGUUUUCAUCAAAGUGUCUUCGUGUCACUGAGGAAAACCAAAAUUCUUGUGAGAAUGAUUUGUGAAGUAACCUUUCAACGAGGAAAAUAACAAAUUAAACAUUGUUCAUGUAAUUGAUGAAGUGAAACUAGAAGGGGGACGAGGGAAAUCUUCUCUUGUUUGGGAAAUCUUCUCUUGUUUUGAUUACGACCGUGGUGUGGAUGAGUUAUUUUUGUAAGAAUAAAAUUUAGGUAUAACAUUUUAAGUAUUUCCUGAGGUUUUAAAA